UCCAAUUUAGAGCAAAGAGAAUGAAAAACCAAAGAAAGGUGGAUUCUCCAAGGGGAGAGGUUGGAGAGAUUGACACAAGGGCACCAUUCCAAUCUGUCAAAGCUGCUGUUAGUUUAUUUGGUGAAGUAGCAGUCCCUAAGGACAGAUUUGCUGUCAAGAGAAGAUCAUCAGAGAGUGUAUUUGAAAAGGAGACACAACUUAUCUUGGCCCAAAAAGAAUUAAACAAGUUAAAGAAACAUGUAUUGAGUGCUGAGACGACGAAAGCCAAAGCACUUGCUGACCUUGAGAAGGCCAAGGAGACCCUUGAGAAUUUGACAACCAAGUUGAACAAUGUGAGAGAAUCCAAGCAAUCAGCAAUGGAAGCGGCUGAAGCUGUGAAGAAUAAGGGAAAACCUUUUGAAAAGACACUAUCCCUAAAAGCUAUAGGAUAUGAAGCUUGGAAACAAGAACUAGAACAUGCAAGACAUCAGUACAUGAUUACAGUAACCGAACUAGAUUCUUCCAAGCAAGAACUCACAAAAAUCAGGCAGGAUCUUAAUGCAGUUUUGGAGGCAAAGCUGGCAGCACUCCAGGCAACAGGAGAAGCUCAGCGUUCUGCAAAAUUAAACUCAGAAAGGAUUGGUGAACUCUCAGAGGAAAUUUCAAGCAUGAAAGCAUCGAUAGAACAAUUGAAACUCGCCUCUACACAAAAUGAAACACAAUUUGACUAUUAUAGAACUGCAAAAGAAGAAGCACAGAAAAAACUGGAGGCCUUAAAGAAUGAAUAUGAUGAUCCAGAAUUAAUCCAAAGUCUAGACGCCAAACUUGCCGAAACAGAUGCAGAAAUUGAGUCUCUUCAAGAGCAGAUGAAAAAGCUCCAUUCUUCUAAGAUGGAUUCUGUCAGACAACUAACUUCAGAACUCAAAGAAGCCACAAAGACACUGCAGGAUGUUGCUGCAGAAGAAAUCUCCCUUAAAAAGCUAGUAUAUGUUCUUAGGACAGAAUUGAAGCAAGUGAAGAAUGAGCAAGAUGAACUGAAGGAGAAGAAACAAGCGGCAGAAGAGCUUGCUGCUAACCUUACCAGUGAAUUGCAAGAGAACAUGGAAGAGCCAAGGCCUCAGCCAGGUACAGUGGACGAUGUUGAAGCUAAUAUGUUCUACGUGCAAAAUUGUAAAAUCCAGAAGCUACAAUCAGAGACAGAAGAUGCAAGAAAAGAAGCAGAAGAGAUGAGCAGAAAGGCUCGGGAACUGAAGCACGAAGCUGAAGAAUCCCGAGCAGUGGCUGAAGAAGCCGAGAAAAACCUUGAACUUGUUCUGCAAGAGGCUAAAGAAGCAAAAGCAGCAGAACAAAGAGCUAUUAAAGAGAUGAAGAUUCUGUCCGACGUGCAAAGUAGACUCUCGAUUUCAAAAUUCAAUGGUAAGAUCAGGAUGUCAAAUGAAGAGUUAGAGUCAUUAAAUGGAAAAGUGAAGGAAUGUCAAGAUUUAGCAGAAAAAAAAGAGGCAUCUGUCAUGGCUGAGCUGCAGGCAAUGUACACAAGGAAAAAUGAAUUGGACAGAAAGGUGGAAGCUAACCUGAAAGCUAUUGAGGAAACAAAGGCUGCAAUGGAGACGGCUUUGUGGUAUGCAGAGAUGGCAGAUUCUGCAAAAGUGGCAAUUGAGCAUGAACUACAAAGAUGUCGUCAACCUGACAGUACCCCUUCACCGACGUCAGAUUGUUCAGAUAAUUCUUCACCAUUGAGCAUCUAGAGCUGAAAGCAGAUCUUUAAAAACUAAAUGGGAAAGAAAACAGAUUGGUUGAUUCUUGUUUUGGCUUUUUACCUUUUUCUUGGAAGAAAAGAAGACUCCUUGCAUUGGAAGAUCUCGUAGUAUAAUCAGUAACUCUUACAUACAAUUGGAAACCAUAAUUAAUGUUUCCAUUUUUCAUAAAUAAAAAAGCAUCUUCAAAAAAAAACUUGUGCAAAUACGAUUUCUUCAUUGUUAACAUUCUGGUUUUUUCUUCUUGAUGUUCCUAGGUCCCUUACCAAAUAAGUUUCGGGCUAUGUGUAUAUUCCAAUUCCAGGGAGAAACAUAAGAUGUAGCUAUUCUUAAUGGCACUUUAUGUACAUUCAUGCAAUGCUACAGAAGGUUAACUUACCGAAAAUAAAGCAUAAGUUGUCCCAACACACCAUUCAAAUUGACUAUGGUUUGGUUCUGCUUAUUAUUUGACAUUACUCUCUUUUUUUAUUUUAUUUUUUGACGCAAUUCUCUCUUCAUUGAUGAAUGCUACAAAGCUGGGAUUCACAAUAAGCCAAAUCCUAGUAGAAGUAAUUUGGACUUGCAACUUCUACACUAGUAGUACUCUAUUGAUU